GUGUGUCUCCUUUCAAAGUUUUUUUUCAAGGUGGAUCAAGUUAAAACAGUUACACAUUCUAAUGAUGUUAUUCUCUUAACUCAACACUCAAAACAUACAACGCUAUAGUUCAAAAUGGUGGAUCAAGGAACUCAGUUAGAGGCAUACAUAAAAGAACUAUUUCAAACAUUAGACAAACAAUUCUCACCACAAUUGAACUUAGAUUCAUACAAAGCACAAUUUCUACCACAGCUUAAAUUGAAUUCACCAGUGAUACUAAAUGGAAAUCCAAUAGGUGGUAAAUUAGCUUUUCAAGAACAUUGGUUAAAAUUCCCAGGAUCUCAACACAAUAUAACUUCACUAGAUUAUCAUUCAAUCCCUGGUACAGGUACAUUUGUUAUAAACUUAUCUGGUAAAGUCAGAUUUGAUGAAACUGGUAAGACUAAACUUGGUGAGACUGCUGAUAUAGGUGGCCCUGCACCUGUUCCUAGUAUUGGAGGUGCUCCUAGAACCAUUUGGGGAUCAUGGUUAGGUUUUAAUGCAAAUUUGAUACUUGAUGAAGCCGCUCUACAAAACCCAAAUAGUGAAGUGAUAAACUCCUUGAAUUGGAAGAUUGUUUACAGACCAGAAGAUGCACUUGUAACGAUAUAG